UAUACAUGCUUAAAAAGUGAGACUUUCCCUGUACAUCCCCGCGCCUCUGGGAGAAAUAUACAGAGGAAUUGAAGAAAAUGGCAGAUUUGUUCUUGAAGCAAGGAAAGCAGUACUCUGAGGGAAGACCCACCUACCCACAACAACUAUUCGAUUUCAUAGCCUCAAAAACACCCCGCCAUGACCUCGUCUGGGAUGUCGGCACCGGCACCGGUCAGGCUGCCAUGUCUUUAGGUGAGAAGUACAAGAAUGUGGUCGGGACAGACACAAGCCCAAACCAACUCCAGUUUGCACCAAACCUCCCUAAUGUCCGCUACGUCUGCACUUCUCCCAACAUGACACUAGCCGAGCUAGAAGCCAACGUAGGAGCAGAAUCCAGUGCCGAUUUGGUGACCAUUGCUCAAGCCCUGCACUGGUUUGAUCUCCCAACUUUCUACCACCAAGUGAAAUGGAUACUCAAGAAACCGGCCGGAGUUAUCGCCGCCUGGUGCUACUAUUUGCCAGAGGUGAGCAGUUCAGUGGACUCAGUUUUCCUGAGAUAUUACACUGCCUCUGGUCCCUUCUGGGAUCCUGCAAGAAAGUUGGUUGAUGAGAAGUACAGGACCAUUGAUUUCCCGUUUGAUCCAGUGGAGGGAUGUGAACACAAUGGGCCGUUUGAAUUCAAGGCAGAGAGAUUGAUGGAGUUGGAGGGCUAUUUCACGUAUCUAAGAUCAUCUUCUGCUUACCAGACUGCAAAACACAAGGGUGUAGAGCUUCUGGGCAGUGAUGUGAUUGAAGAUUUCACUCGAGCUUGGAAUGAAGAUGGCAAAACCCAGAAGAUUGUUGCUUUUCCUAUUUACCUCAGGAUUGGGAAAGUUGGGAAUUUAGAUUGAAACCACUUCCCUUGUCUGGUAAGACAAGAAUAUGUGUUAUUAAAAUUACUCUUCUCAGCUAAAUUUUAGAGUGAAAGAAUAAGCAUCUUGUUUAGAAAAAAAA